AUGUUCUCAGGUUGGUGUUUCACCUCCAAUAGUGCGUGGCAUAAGGGGGGACGGAUUAUAAUUGCUUGGAACCCUUUGAGAAACAAUGUAAGUAUACUAAGUUGUUCAAACCAGUUUAUUGAUUUGUCUGCUACUACUGUGGACAAUAAGCAUAGUUUUUUUGCUACUUUUGUAUAUGGAUUUAAUGAUGAGGAGGGGAGAAAAAGCUUGUGGAAAGGAUUACAGGAGAUGGCUAGAAUGGACCCAUGGGUUGUGCUUGGGGACUUUAAUGAUAUCUUGAACAGAGAUGAGAGAAUUGGGGAUAAAGCUAGACACAGCUUGAAUAAUGAGUUUCUGAAUUGUGUUUCUAGCUGUCAGUUGGAUGAUGUUAAAUACAGUGGGAAUUUCUACACUUGGAGUAAUAAGCAGCAAGGACCAUAUAAAAUCUACUCCAAGAUUGAUAGAGUUAUGGCGAAUCAAGCUUGGAUGGACAAAUUUCCAAAUGCUGAAGCUAUUUUCCAUAAUGAAGGCAUAUUUGAUCACACACCAGCAGUUAUUACAGUGCAUUCUGACAUUCCUAGUGGAAAGAAACCAUUCAAGUACUUUAGAAUGUGGUCUUCUCAUCCUCAAUAUCAUCAAGAAGUGUGUAGGGGGUGGAAUCAAAUGGUUAAAGGGACUAAAAUGUACCAAAUUGUGUCUAAACUGAAGAAUCUUAAGUCCAUCUUUAAAGAGCUGAACAAGAGGGGUUAUUCAGAGAUUCAUAUGACCUAUGUGCAAGCUAAAGAGAAGUUAAGUGAUUGUCAGAAUAAAAUGCAUCGUGACCCUUUGAAUGUGGUUCUACAGAAUCAAGAAUUGGAAGCCAGACAACAUUAUGCAGCAGUACAGAAAAACUAUAAAUCAUAUUUGUCCCAAAAAGCUAAGGUUACUUGGGUUAAAGAAGGGGACGAAAACUCUGCAUUUUUUCAUUCUAGUAUCAAAGAAAGAAGGUGCCUGAAUAGGAUAUGUUCUAUUAUUAAUGCAGAAGGGAUUAGGGUGGAGACUCCUGAUGAGGUUACUGAAGCCUUUCUCUCCUAUUAUCAGUCCUUGCUGGGUACCCAAAUGCACAAGAGGCAACAAGUUAAAAUCUCUGUUAUGGCUCACGGACCUGUGUUAUCUAGGCAGCAAGCAAAUUUUCUUUCAGCUGAGUUUACUAAGGAAGACAUUAAAGCUGUUGUGUUUAGCAUCCCUGGGCAGCUGUUAAAAGAGAUUAAUUCUACAGUGAUUACUCUUAUCCCUAAGUGCAAAUGUCCUAAUUCUGAUCUCAUUAGACACUAUGGACGGAAAUCAAGUAGGCCCAAUUGCAUGAUAAAGCUGGAUUUACAAAAGGCAUAUGAUACCAUGGAAUGGGGAUUCAUAGAAGAGAUGCUACAAGCCUUUAAAUUCCUUGACAAAUUCAUUAGGCUUAUAUUGGCUUGCAUAUCUACACCUAAGUAUUCUCUCAUGUUUAAUGGAUCUAUGCAUGGUUUCUUUGCAGCGAAAAGAGGUUUGAGGCAAGGGGACCCAAUGUCCCCUUUGCUUUUUGUACUUGGAAUGGAAUACUUGAGUAGAAUCAUGCAAAAAGUUGGGGAGAAGGAGGGGUUUCAGUUUCAUGACAGAUGCAGAGGCUUAAAGCUAAAUCAUCUCAGCUUUGCCAAUGAUGUGUUAUUGUUCUGCAAGGGUGAUUUCAAGAGCAUAUAUAUAAUGUUGCAGGGGCUAAAGUUGUUCUCAAAGUCCUCUGGAUUGAUCCCAAAUAUCAAAAAAUCAGCCAUCUACUGUAGUGGUAUGAGUGAGGAGGAAAUUAGAAGAGUAACUGAUAUGUCAGGAUUCAGUAGAAGUACUAUACCAUUUAAGUAUCUUGGUAUCCCCAUCUGUGCCAAGAGAAUCUCAGCUAUUGAUUGUAAACUGCUGGUUGAGAAAAUGACAGCUAGGAUUAAGAGUUGGAGCACCAGGAAUUUAUCAUUUGCUGGUAGAUCAAUAUUGAUUCAUUCGGUACUGCUUUCCAUUCAUGCCUAUUGGAGUCAAAUCAUGAUUCUACCCAAGGAAAUUAUGUCUGAAAUUGAAAGGGUCUGUAGAAGUUUCCUCUGGAAAGGGCAGAGUAUUAUGGUUAGGGCUGGAAGUGUGGCCUGGAGUAGGCUUUGUAAGCCUAAGAAGGCUGGAGGAAUAGGUUUCAUGAGUAUCUCAGAGUGGAACCGAGCAGCUAUGUUUAAAAAUGUCUGGUCAAUUGCAACAAAAAAAAGACAAUCUAUGGGUUAA